GGACUGCAGAGGCGCACGGUGCCUGAGCCAGGACCAGGACCGCCAGGAGCCUCUGCAAGCGCGCACCGACACCGCUUUUUUUUAAAAAAUUCCUUCUUAUUCUUAUUUAACUGAGAGCAAGUGUGCAGAGGGGAGCAGGGCUAUGACACACAAAUAGACAGUUUGUCAGUGUUUUACGCAGGCGGAUCCCUGUUUUAUUCCCCCCCCUCCCCACGAUGAAUAAAGACUUGAAGAGCCUGCGACAGCUCGCCGUGCCUCUGCUCGUUCUCGUCCUGUGCGUCGCGGUGCAGCAGUCGGAUUCUGCGGCCUGCCAAGGAUGUACGGGAAAAAAAUGUUCCUGCAACGGAGAGAAAGGCACCAAGGGGGAGCGAGGUUUCCCAGGUCUCCCCGGACAGCCUGGACUUCCAGGCUUCCCCGGACCUGAGGGGCCAAUCGGACAGAGAGGAGAAAAGGGAAGUGAUGGACUUCAGGGACCAGUUGGUCCAAAAGGAAUCAGAGGGCCUGCUGGAUUACCAGGAUUUCCAGGAACACCGGGGCUCCCGGGUCUUCCAGGACAGGAGGGUCCUCCAGGCCCCAGAGGAGUGCCGGGAUGCAACGGGACAAAGGGUGAGAGGGGUUACCCAGGCAGCGGCGGGAUCCCCGGUGCACAAGGACUGCCGGGUCCGCCUGGUCUUCCAGGACCAAAGGGAGACCCCGGUGACGUGAUCUCUGCCAACCGCUUCGGAGAGAAAGGAUCAGUAGGAUAUCCCGGAUUACCAGGAGCUCCUGGUAUUCCUGGACCUUCAGGUUUACAAGGCCCGCUCGGUCCUCCAGGACCUCGAGGCUACGAGGGUCGUCCAGGUUCUCCCGGUCCUCCUGGACCUAAGGGAAAUAUGGGACUGAACUUCCAAGGACCCAAAGGAGAAAAGGGUGAACAAGGUUUGCAAGGACCUCCUGGUCCUCCAGGACAGGUUGGAGAACAGAUAAGACCACCAGAGACGGAGAUCCAGCGAGGAGAUAAGGGCGACCCAGGUAUUCCCGGGCCCCCAGGUGACCCAGGCUAUCCAGGACCCCCUGGUCCCUCCGGUGGGCAGAAGGGAGAAAAGGGAGAACCAGGAGAGCCAGGCAAACGAGGAAAACCAGGCAAAGACGGUGAUCCAGGUCCUCCAGGAUUCCCUGGAAGUAAAGGAGAGUCUGGCUCCCCAGGUCCUCCAGGCAGGGAUGGAGAGAGAGGAUUUAAAGGUGAACGUGGAUUCCCAGGUCCUCCAGGAUUGGUGAUCGGUGGGUCGACUGGAGGUCGAGUCGGUCCUAAAGGUGAGCCGGGCUUUCCUGGAUCAUCUGGACCUAAAGGAGAGCGAGGACCACCAGGUUUAACGGGACCUCCAGGCGCACCGGGGAUCCCGGGCUUCGGCGGAGGCAGCAGCACUCCGGGUUCUCCGGGUUUCCCAGGAGAUCGAGGUUCGAAGGGAGACACCGGCCCUCCUGGAAUCUCCCUCCCAGGUCCACCGGGACGUCCCGGAUCCCCCGGGUCUCCCGGCCCCCCGGGGCUCCCUGGACCUCCGGGCUUUUCCUCCACUGGACAGGCCUGCGUGCCCGGAUCGCCCGGCGCCCCCGGACUGGUUGGAGAGAGAGGUUACCCAGGAGAGACGGGCCAGAAAGGUGAGAAGGGUGACACCUGUGUGAACUGCUUCGGAGGAGGAACCUCCUUCCCCGGACCCCCGGGACCUCCCGGACAGCCAGGAUUCCCUGGAUCUCCUGGUUCCCAAGGACCUAAAGGAGAGAGAGGUUUCCCAGGAUCUCCUGGUGGUAGCGGUUCCCCUGGUGCGCCUGGUCCUCAAGGCACUCCGGGCUUCCCCGGAGAGAAGGGAGACCCGGGUGACGCCAUCACCAUCGGCGGCGUGCGCGGGGAGAAGGGCGACACCGGCUUCCCCGGACCACCCGGCCUGCCCGGUCUGGACGGCCGACCCGGCCGUGACGGAGCGCCCGGAGGCCCCGGCCCCAAAGGAGCUCCUGGAUCCUUGCUUGUCAAAGGGGAGCGAGGUCCACCCGGUGACUCCGGUCCACCUGGUAUUCCAGGAGACAGGGGAUCCCCGGGGGCUCCUGGGUUUGGACCUCAAGGACCGCCUGGAGAGAAAGGUGUCCAGGGUGUCUCAGGGAGACCGGGGAUUCCUGGAGCUCCAGGAGCUAAAGGUGAGCCCGGCCUCGCCGUGGCGGAGAAAGGUUUACCAGGACCCAGAGGACAGGAUGGAGAGCCUGGACUGCCUGGAGCACCAGGCUCUCCGGGUCAGCCUGGACAGCCCGGCUUCCCAGGUUCACCAGGAUCCAAAGGUGAACCCGGCCUGCCAGGCAUCGGACUCCCAGGACCCCCGGGCUCUAAAGGAUUCCCGGGUAUUCCCGGUCAGCCUGGAUCUCCUGGAGGACCGGGCAGACCCGGAGUGGACGGACUCCCCGGACAACCCGGAUUCCCUGGACCUAAGGGUGAGCCUGGCUUUGGACUUCCCGGCCCUCCAGGUCUCCCGGGAGUCCCCGGAUCGAAAGGUUUCCCAGGACCGAAGGGAGAUCCUGGAUUCCCGGGUGGCCCUGGUGGCCCGGGUCGAGCUGGGUUUGACGGCGGUCCGGGACCUAAAGGUGAACCUGGAAUACCUGGUAUUCCCGGAGCUAGAGGCCCACCUGGAGAUUCUGUUUCGGGGUCGCUGGGGAUCCCCGGCGCGCCCGGACCUCCAGGCCCGAUCGGACCGCCGGGUUACCCCGGAGCAAACGGUGAGAAGGGAGACCCCGGUCCACCAGGUCUAGACAUCCCAGGUCUGCCAGGAGACCGAGGCAGCCCCGGUUUCCCCGGCUCCCCGGGACCAGCCGGAACCCCGGGACCACCAGGAGGACCCGGACGAGACGGCGUUCCAGGACUGCCCGGGGCGAAAGGAGACAUGGGUCCCAUGGGACCUCCAGGACCCUCCGGAGGACCAGGAGGCCCAGGCGGUCCUGGUGGUCCAGGUCCUAAAGGUGAACCUGGAUUCCCGGGUAGAGACGGUGGGCCAGGUGGUCCCGGUACCAAAGGAGAGAGGGGAGACCCUGGUGUCCAAGGCCCCCCAGGAACCAGUCUGCCGUCAGGAGCCAUAAAGGGAGCCAAAGGAGAGCCUGGCCUGCCGGGUUCUCCAGGUUUUCCAGGUCAGAAAGGUAUCCCUGGACUCCCUGGUGACUCAGGACUGCCAGGAGGAGACGGACGACCUGGACUUCCCGGACCACCAGGUCCUAAAGGAGACCCCGGUAUCCCAGGAGGCCCAGGUGGUCCUGGAGCUCCAGGACCAAAAGGCAACAUGGGAGAAAUGGGAUUCCCAGGACCAUCGGGACAGAAAGGUCUGCCUGGAGGCCCAGGGAGACCAGGAUCCCCAGGACAACCAGGAUCACCUGGCUUCCCUGGUGCUAAAGGUGAACCAGGUUCUGCAGGUGUUGGACCACCUGGGCCUCCCGGACUCAAGGGCGAGCCAGGCCAGCCCGGGUUCCCAGGAAGUCCAGGACUGAAAGGAACACCAGGAUCACCUGGUCUCCCAGGUUUACCAGGAGGACCCGGGGCCAAAGGAGACCCCGGACUUCCAGGAUUCCAAGGCGCCCCUGGUAUCCCCGGCCCUAAAGGUCUCGAUGGCGGACCCGGUGGUCCAGGUCUCACUGGAGCCCCAGGAAGACCAGGAGAGUCUGGUCGACCAGGAGCGCCUGGACUCCCCGGAGAAAAGGGUCAGGCAGGUCGUGAUGGGAUCCCCGGACCUGCUGGAGUGAAAGGAGAGCCAGGACUUCCUGGGUACGGUGGUCCUGGUCCUUCUGGGCUUCCUGGGCUGCCUGGCGCGAAAGGAGACCCUGGUCUUCCCGGUCCAGCGGGCGGAUCAGGUUUCCCUGGUACGAAAGGAGAGCCCGGUUUCCCUGGUUCCCCCGGUCUUCCUGGCAGCAUCGGCCCACCUGGGCCCUCUGGUCAGGCUCUGUCCGGCCCGAAAGGAAUCCAAGGUCCACCUGGACCACCUGGAAGAUCAGGUCAACCUGGACCACAGGGUCCUCGUGGACCCCCGGGAAGCGGUGGCGUGAAGGGAGACAAGGGUAUCCCCGGUGCUCCCGGACAGCCUGGCUUCCCUGGACAGAAGGGAGAGACCGGCACCUCGGGAUUCCCGGGUUCUAGUGGUCUUCCCGGCGGCCCUGGUCCCAAAGGAGACAUCGGUCUGCCCGGUGUUCCUGGAUUCCCCGGGCCGAAGGGAGACUCCGGACUUCCCGGUCGUGGUGGCCUUCCUGGAGAUCCAGGAGACGUUGGAGCGCCUGGUCUGCCCGGUGAUCCCGGCAUACCUCCAGCUCCGAUUGUGGUGAAAGGAGAGCGAGGUCCUCCCGGUCCCCUGGGCCCUCCUGGCCCUCGUGGACUUCCUGGUUCUCCUGGACGUGAGGGACUUCCAGGUUCCCCUGGCAACCCUGGAGAUCCUGGUACAGAAGGUCCUCCUGGAUUCAGUGGCCCACCAGGAAGGAAGGGAGACCCUGGGCCAGCUGGUCAGCCUGGUCAGCGUGGCUUCCCUGGUCCCCCCGGCUCAGACGGUCCACAGGGCCCACCCGGUCUCCCAGGAUCCGUAUCAGCAGCCCACGGCUUCCUCAUCACCCGACACAGUCAGACUGAGGAAGUUCCCAGUUGUCCCGACAGAACGAGCAUGAUCUAUGAUGGAUACUCCCUGCUGUACGUGCAGGGUAACGAGAGAGCGCACGGGCAGGACCUCGGCACAGCCGGCAGCUGCCUGCGCAGGUUCAGCACCAUGCCCUUCAUGUUCUGCAACAUCAACAACGUCUGCAACUUCGCCUCCCGCAACGACUACUCCUACUGGCUGUCCACCCCCGAGCCCAUGCCCAUGUCCAUGGCGCCCAUCACUGGAGAGGGCAUCAAGCCUUUCAUCAGCAGGUGUGCAGUGUGUGAAGCUCCAGCCAUGGUCAUUGCAGUCCACAGUCAGACCAUCCAGAUUCCCACCUGCCCGGCAAACUGGGAGGCUCUGUGGAUAGGAUACUCCUUCAUGAUGCACACCAGUGCGGGUGCAGAGGGCUCCGGUCAGGCUCUGGCCUCCCCCGGCUCCUGUCUGGAGGAGUUCCGCAGCGCUCCCUUCAUCGAGUGCCACGGCAAGGGAACGUGCAACUACUACGGCAACUCCUACAGCUUCUGGCUGGCCACCGUGGAGCCUGUCGAGAUGUUCAGGAAGCCACAGUCGGAGACCUUCAAGGCGGGUAACCUCCGGGCGCGUGUCAGCCGCUGUGUGGUCUGCAUGAAGCGCACGUAACGUCGCACGGCAGCGAGCAAGCCCACCGUUGCCGAGGGCGACGACGCCCAACUCGGG